AGCCUUGGGGUCCACACUAAAUGGAGCCACAAAUGCGCGUUUCGCGCUUUGCGGCCGUGGUGGACAAGGCCUUUUCAAGUGUCGCCCAUCAAUACCCGAGUCAAGAAGAAGUCAAGCAUGCCAAACAACGAAUUCGUCAGAAGUUCCGACAGGCUGCCACCUCUUUGGAGGAGAGUGCAGACCUGGCGGGCUGGCCGGCAGAGAAGGUGCUGUCCUCUCUCGCCGCGGAAGCUUUGCAACGCCUUGCAGUCAAUGACUGGUUCGAUCAGGUUGACUGGCCCCGGAUCUUGGCGGCCUUUGUCGCGGAGGCCACGAGUCUGGGCUUGGGCAGCGAGGAGCAGUUGCUGCCGACGGCCACCUGGGCGGUGCAGCAGUGGCAAGCACGCGAAAGAGAGCAGAAGCUGUCCUUCUUCGGAGAGUGUAAGAAAGCCCCGAAGCUCGCAGUCUCUGAGAAGGCGCCAAAGCUCUCCUUUGCAUCCAAGAUCCCUCGCAAGAUGCCUGAAGCGGACAGUCCGGCCAACGUGCCACUGGAAAAGUCUCUCGGCAGCCCAGCCUUCCCAUGCUGCGCAAAGACGCGCGCGCAGAAAGAUCUGCUUGAGCAGUCGGCGCCUGUCUACAGCAGGUUUCAAGGCAAUGCUUCAAAGAAGACAAGAAAGACUCUGGACCCAAAGUCCCAAUCCGGGACAGCGCUGCAUCUGGACAGUGGCUACCAGGCAACGGCUUUUGCGAAAGCUGAGCCAAAAGGUGCAGCGACUCCUGCCAGAGAGAUAGAUAUUGACUUGGGCUUUUUACGUGAGGUGGAAUGCUUGGGCGUCACUUUGCAGGGACUGCAGGUGGAGUCGACCAUCCCGUCCAGCCGGUCCCACAACCUGUUGAUGCCUGGUGACGUUGUGACAUCCGUCAAUAGCACGCCGGUAAAGGCUCACCAGGAUUUCUGGCGAGAAGUGGACCGUGCAAAGCCGGGACAACUACGGAUUUGUAUCCUGCCACACUCUGCAAAGUCAUCCAGCAACGCUCCUUUGCCGCCUCCACCCGCUGCUUUGAAAGCUCCACCACCCGUCGCUGAGAGAGCUCCACCCGUCUCUGACAAAAAGUCAGAGCCGAGAUCAAGAUCUCACAGCCACGUCUCCUCCAAGGACACUUUUGGCUACCAGAGGUCUGAAAGCUCCAUGAUUGUGCUCAAUUGCGAGGACAUUGGCGGCAGCGCCUCGAAGUGCGAGAUUUUCCGCGGAGAGAAGCCCAGCGCGUUCCCCUGGGAGGCGAUCAGGUGCGCUAUCGCUUUCUACGAGGAGCUCGGCUUCAUGCCGCAACCAGUGUGUCACCAGGCCACACUUGCUCGGCACCCGCCGCCUGCGGAGCUCAGGUCCAAAUUGGUCCAGUGCCCGGUUGUCGAUGACGAUGGACGCCAGCAAGGCCGCGGUUCAGACCGCAUCUUCGUGAUCAACUUGGCUAAGACCUACGACUGCCCCUACGUUGACAACAGCAACUACAGGGCAGAGGUUUGGUCCAAACAUGAGCUUUGGCCCUGGCUGCAAAAGGGCGGCCUUGCGCUGAAGGUGGAAUACAUCUUCGACAGCUUUGGGGAGUUCUUGCCCUCCAGGGAGGUGACACCAGCUGAUCGUACCCAGACAUCCACAGGGAGCGGGCGGUUGAGGAUUCCGUGGUCUGAGUAUGGCGGGCGCUAAUGCACAAUUGUAAAGAAGAAAAUAAACAAUGAGAUGUCGAAUGAAAUCCGCAUGGUCCA